UCAGCAGUGUCCUUUCGCUUUACGGCAGGGCAGCAUGUGGAGGUCAGCGAUACAGAAUCUCUCGGUCAGAGACUGAAAACUCUAAUUAUCCAUCAUCAACACUUUUCAGCUGAACAUAGUGACAUCUGACUUUAAUUUUUAACAGCACAAUAUACAAAACAAAGGGAUCGAUAUAGAAAAUCGUUUGGUGUCGCUAAGGUUCGCGUAAGGUUCGUUGGACGCGUAAGCAAGAGGUCUAAUUUUCGAGACCGUUUUUUCUGUAUAAUCUCUCAAGACAUGGAUAACAACACAUCGGCAUCAGGAGGUAUUAAAGGGGGACUCGGGAGCCUUUUCGGUGGAGGAACCCCUGAUUAUUCAAAUACUGAGCUCGCAGGAGUCCCAUUGAGUGGUAUGAGCCCUCUCUCGCCCUAUCUCAAUGUUGACCCACGUUACCUUGUGCAGGACACUGAUGAGUUUAUCUUGCCAACUGGGGCGAAUAAAACCCGUGGUCGCUUUGAGCUGGCCUUCUUCACCAUCGGGGGAUGCUGUAUAACAGGCGCUGCUUUUGGGACACUUAAUGGGCUCCGUAUGGGCCUGACAGAAACUAGAGACAUGCCAUGGUCAAAACCCAGAAAUGUCCAAAUUUUGAACAUGGUCACGCGACAAGGAGCAUCAUGGGCCAACACACUAGGAUCUGUGGCUCUUUUGUACAGUGUGUUCGGUGUGGCCAUUGAAAAGGCCAGGGGAGCAGAGGAUGACCUCAACACAGUAGCAGCAGGAACAUUAACUGGGAUGCUUUUUAAAUCCACAGCCGGACUCAAAGGAGCUGCCAGAGGAGGUCUUGUUGGUUUAGCCAUGUCAAGCCUGUAUGCUCUUUACAACAACUGGGAUCACCUGAAGGGGACAUCACCUUCACAUUACUGAGGAUAACUUGGAGCUCAAACCAUGGACUUAUUUUGACUCUGAGCCCAUUCUUAAUUUUAUGACCCCCUUUUGGAGAUGCAUCCGUUUCUUCUCUAUGAAAACCAUGGACCACCACACGUGCACAGACUUCUUCAGUUACAUUUAGAAGUGUAAUAUUUAAAUGAAAGAGCCAGGCAGCCUCCAGAUUACUUGGUGUGGACUAAGUAGAUGUGAACUUGCUGGUACUUGUCUUUUUUGGUGUAAGUUGCAGGAACUCUGUAUGCUUUAAUCAUGAGGUUUUAUCUGUUCUUAUUGUGGAUUGAGGCAUUUUGUCAGUGUGGACUAAACUGGCUGCUUCCUCUAUGAAACUGUAAAAAAUAAAAUAGUUUCCACUGUU